UCAACCAGGUCAGCACAAUUUUAUUUGGUCCGUCCAAAUCGACACAAAUUGAACUGCAAUUGACUGGUUGCGCCGGUCAGUGCUCAGAGCUCCAUAGGUACAGUGACAGACAUGGCGGUGGAAGCGAAGACGUCGGCGACCAAGGGCAACAAGGGCUACAACAGCGGCAAGGGCGCCUUCAACGCCAAGAAACGCCCGGCUAAUGGCGAGGACGGCAAGAAGUCGUUCAUGGACCAGAAGUUAGCCAAGAAGCAGCGCAAGAUGCAGCGCCCGCACUACGAAAUGGUCACGCGCGCCAAGCAGAUCUGGAACGUCAUCCGCGAGCGCGACGUGGAUAAGAACAAGCGCGCUACGCUCGUGGAGGAGCUCUACACGCUCGUCAAGGGAAAAAUCUACGACGUGGCCGCCAAGCACGACGCAUCUCGCGUUAUCCAGUCGCUCAUGCAGCACGGCAAGCCCGAGCACCGCUCGCAGAUCGUUCUCGAGAUGAAGGAGCACCUCAUCGAGGUUGCCAAGAUGCAAUAUGGAUGCUUCCUCGUGCAGAAGAUGAUCCGUUACGGCAGCGUAGCUGAUCGCGCUGCCAUCGUCAAGUGCCUCACAGGCCACGCCGUGCAGAUCGGCACGCACAACAUUGCAGCCAACGUGCUCGAGUACGCACAGGAGUACCUUAAGCCGUCACAGCUCACGGCGCUCAAGCUGGAGUUCUACGGCCGUGAGUUCGCCUACUUCCAGUCGGAGAGUAAGCGCAACUUAGCAGACAUCAUCGCUGCGCACCCGGACAAGAAGGCUGACGUGCUCAAGCACCUGACCACCAUCUUGAACCGCAUGGUGGACAAGCAGCUCCUUGGUCUGGCCUUUGUGCAGUCUUUGCUGUGGGAGUACAUGUGCAACGCAGAGCACGACGACGUGAUGCAGAUGGUGGCUAACGUGCGUGACGCGUCGCUGGCUCUGCUCGCCACACGCAAUGGUGCUCGUGUGGUGAACAAGUGCAUCUCGCUCGGUGCUGCCAAGGACCGUAAGCGUAUUAUUAAGACUCUCAAGGACAAGGUGCUGGAGGCAUGCAACCACCCCAGUGGCUACCUCGUGAUCAUGCGCAUUUUCGAUGUCGUAGACGAUUCCGUGCUUGUGCAAAAGUCGAUUUUGGCCGAGAUGAACGACGAGCUCUUCUCAAUUGCGAUGCACCCCAGCGGACGCAAGAUUUUGCUGCAACUGCUUAGUCCCCUGAACAAGAAAUACCUCUCGGCUGACGACCUUGCGCUGCUGGAGCCGCCCAUGUUGCCGUCGCCGGAGGACCCGACUGUCAUGGUGGUGAACUACAAGAAGGACCCAGAUGCUCGUCGCGAAGAGCUUUUGAAGGGUCUGCUGCCCAAGUUGGAAGAAAUGUGUGCUGAGAAUGCUGAGGCUUUGAUGCGCUCAAAGGAAGGCCGUGACGUGAUUAUUGAGGUCGCUAAACGGAGUGAGAGCACGGAUCUGGCAGACAGCAUUGCUGCUGCUGUUGUGGCGGAGCCUAGUGAGGAGGAAGUGGAGCCGCUUCACAGUGACGCAAACGGACACUACGCUCUGCGCCGCCUGAUCAAGGAAACCUCGCUGGCAGAACCUCUGCUUACAGCAGUCGAAGAGCAACUACCGCAGUGGGCGACUAGCAACCGUGGCUCCUUUGUGGUGCUUGCGUUCCUGGAGGCUGAGAACGCUCCCAAAAACGCUGCCAAGGUGGUGAAGAAGGCUUUGAAACCUGUGAUGGGAGACCUGAAGAAGCUCACCAAGACGCAGAAGGGCACUAAAUUACUUCUUGAGAAGCUCCAAUAGAGAGGAGAUAGGCUCAAACUUUAUAGAUCCAAAGGCUUUUUGUUAUCAUUGCAUCAUGAUUUCACUGCUCA